GAGGAGGAGAUGUCGAAGCUUGUCGAAACCCGCUCCCGACUGAAGCAGCUGAAUGAUGACCAGCGGCACCACUUCCAUCGUGGCACGUACGUGAAGGGGCGUCUGAUGUCCUCACAGAAGGAGCGGGAGGCGUUGAGAGGCCGUGUGUACAAUGAUGAGUCAAGACAGUUUGGAGACGUUGCUGCGCUGAAGGAAGAGUGGAAAGAGCUGACGGAGUGGGUGGAGAGUGCCAAGCGUGAGUUGGAGGAUAACAAGCGCAGCUAUGCCAAGGAGCAGAGUGAGCUACAGGAACAACUGGAGGUGGCUGAAGACAACGGCAAGGAGGCACGUGAGUUACGCGAGUGUUUUGAGCAUGAGAACGAGGAGCUUAAGGACCUCAAGCAUGACCUUCAACAGGUGUUGAUCUACGCUCGUGUACGCCACCGCGAGGAGUUUGCUUGA